GAUAGAUUUCCCGAAUACUUACUCAGUACCUGUACGGAGUACUGUCCAUGGAACUAAAUAGCGGGGAUCUGUUUAAAUACUAGGAGGUUUCCAGUCUGAAGUUCCAUUUUCCAGUUUGCAUUGUGUUCACAUCUUUCCUGCUUCUCAUCGACACAUAAUCGAAUUUUCAUCGGAUAAGGCACCCAUUGCAAGUCUCUUCAACUACCAACUAGAUCAGCCUGCUUCAUCACCAUAAUUCCUACAUUCGAACACUUAAUCCGGACUCAAUAGUAAUAACUUGUUGUUUGUACCCUGUAUUCCAAGAGAUUGACACAGGAUCAACAUCCGCAUGACCAUGGCCUUCUCUUACCAUCAAUUCUUCCUAUUCGGAGACUCCAUCACCCAAGACUCGUUUAAUCAGCAGCGAGGUUUCGGUUUCUCUGCAGCAUUACAACAUGCCUACAUGAGGAAGCUGGACAUUGUGAACCGAGGUUUCAGUGGAUACAACACAGAUCAAGCACUCAAGGUGCUCCCCUACGUUCUCCCCACCCCGGAACAAGCACGCAUUCGAUUCCUAGUCGUCUUCUUCGGCGCCAAUGAUGCCUCUCUACCACAGGCGGCGAACAACCAACAUGUCCCCUUGGAUAGAUACAAGCAGAACCUAGAAGCUAUCAUCACCCAUCCACUCGUCAAAGCACACAACGCUCGCAUCAUUCUCGUCGCACCUCCCCCCAUCAACGAGCAUCUGCAGUGGGUCACAGACCAAUCUAAAGGUGCAAAAUCCCUUUCACGCGUAGCUGCGGCCACCAAAAGCUACGCAGAUGCCGCCGUCGAGGUCGGCGCCAAGUUGGGUGUGCCCGUCCUGAAUAUCUGGAAAGCGUUCAUGACCAAGGCGAAAUGGACUGAAGAGACCUGGAAGGUUGGUGACAUCCUGCCGGGAUCUCGCGACAUCCCCCAGAACGAUGUCCUCGCCGAGCUUCUUCACGAUGGCUUGCAUUUUGCUCCCUCAGGCUACGACAUCAUGUUCAACGAGGCGAUGGACCUGAUUGCACGGGAGUGGCCUGACCAGGUUCCCGAGAAGUUGCCCAACGUCUUCCCCUUGUGGAACGAACCGGCCGACUGGAAUGCAUUCGAUGCUGCCAUUGCGAAAUGAGCCAACGCCGCCCUAGACCAACUACUGGUUACGCGGCCAGACAUCGACUGCAUAGCUGGGUGAAGCUCUUACAUGAAAAGAUACACGGUAUAUUUUACUUUUAAGUUGUUCCAAUACAUGCCUCAAGAGGUCGAAUAGAUUUCGGAAGUAACGUCACGUGCCGUCUUUCCCAGUUUUGCAAGGAACAAAACAACCAUAGAUUCUAUAACUAUCCAAAUACAUAAAUAGAAGAAAUACAGUCGAAAUAUGCAC